AUGAAAUCGGAAUUGUUGGUGAUAUGUUUUCAUCUAUUAGGAUUUAUUGUUUUAAUGCACGGACUUUUCCCAUUUUCAUCGUCAGUAAAUAAAAUAGCCAACCGAUCUUGUUUUGAUUCUCAAGAAUCGUCAAAACGUCAUGUUAUGUUAAUGAUAAUCGAUGCACUUCGUGCUGAUUAUGUAUUCAAUCGUAAUCAUUCAUAUUAUUUAAAAAGUAUUGAAAAAUUAGAAGAAAAUGGUAAAUAUUUAUCAUAUAAAUUACGUUGUCAUUCUCCAACAGCAUUAUUAACGGGUACAAUUCCUUCAGUUUGGGAUGUGAUUUUUAAUUAUAAUUCAAGUCAACUUGAAUUAGAUAAUUUAUUAUUUCAAUAUAAAAGAAAAUAUCCUUACAAUAAAAUUGCUUUUUAUGGCGAUGAUACUUGGAUUAGAUUAUUUCCGCAUGAUAUUUUUCAUCGAUCCAAAGGUCUUGAUCAUAUUGGCCAUGCAUCAGGAGCUUUUAAUGAUUUUGUUAAAGAUAAAUUACUUGAAUAUGAUAAAAUAAAAAAUAAUAUAUUUUCUAAAAUGACUGAAAAUGAUACAUUAAUAAUAACAGAUGUCUAUGGAAUGACUGAUCAAGGUGGACAUGGAGAAUAUCUUCGAAUUGACUUAACACCAACAUUAAGUGCUUUACUUCAAAUUUCAAUUUCUUCAAAUAAUCUUGGAAUUAUAAUUGAAAAUCUUUUACAAAAUUUUUAUAAUAAAAAUAAAUCAAAUCUAUUAAAAUGUUUAAUCGAUGAUAAUAGAAGACAAUUAUUUGAUAUUUUAUCUCAAAGGAAAUUAACGAUUUCAUCCAAUGAUCUUUAUUUAAUUCGUGAUAAAGCAAUGUCUAUUUCAAACGAACAAGAUUUAACAAUGCUUUUAUUGAGUAUUAGUAUUUUUUCACUUAUUUCAUUUACACCAUUUUCAACCACGAAAGAUUAUUCAAACAAUUGGCCUUGGAUCAAAUCCUGCUCGACCUUUUUUGCUGAAGAUCGGCCAUAUUGUCAUGGAAAUGAUCGAUUAAUUGGUUUUCAUCUGUCAGAAUCGCAAGCUACAAAAUUACACACUCAUGAUACUUUGCCGGUUUCAAACCAACCAAUCACGUCGACUCCACAGAGCCCAUAUCCAGUCACACGCUCCACAGAACACGUGCAACUCGUGAAGCACCAAGCACUGACCAAACAUAUCACUGUAGAAUCUGCUUCUGCAUGUUGCAACGAACUUGUCGGUCUCCGUCUCGAAUGUGCCGGCUGGAAUUUUGUCGAUGAAGCUGCAUCGUUAAGAACAGCAACUAUCAAACGGAAUAUCAACAUUUUUGUUGGCUCUCUCGAAGUGACAUUGCCAUCACGGACAACGUUUGAAAAUAAUAACAUUGAAAUCGUCCUUUUCGAGGAUGCUUGCGAUUGUAUUUCCGAACUAUUAUCGAUUACAGAUAAGCUCAUAUAUCUCGUACUGUCAGCUACACUAGGAGUCUCCGUCGUGCCAUUGAUACACAACCACAGAUGUAUCGAACAUAUUUACAUAUAUCAAGUUCCUGAUGAAGAAGAAUCAAUUGACUGGAUACAAGACUACCCGAAGAUUCUUGGUAGUGAAUCAUCGAUCGAUAUGAUAGCCAACCGAAUUAAAGAAGAUAUUGAUUUGAUCAUGAAACGUUCAUCUCGUUGGUCAAGAUCUAAGGAAUUAUUGGCUGAGCUAUGUUCACAGGCGAAGCAAACUAGCAUUUCGGCAUCUAUUAAUGACGUAUUGGACGACAAUUUGAACACAUUACGCAUCGUUCUAUUAUAUCUCGGUCCACGGAAACCAUUUCAUUUGUCUCAUAACAAGAUCAGAAUCGAUGAAUUUCGUAAUAUUGAACAAUGUAUUCAUUCGAUACAAGCUGAUAAUUCAAUUACUGUGUUUUUAAUAAUCUCAAUGAACGAAAUUAAAGAUGUUCACCAUGUUCAAUCGAUAGCUGAACUCGAUGCCGUUCAUGCAAUCUACAUCGUUACUGAUUUAGAGUCCUAUGAACAAAUCCAACCACUGGUACCGUAUUCAAAAUUAAGCGGCAUAUUUGUUCUCAACGAAGAUUUACUUGAGCAACUUACAACAGACAUUUGUUUCUAUCGUCAAAUUCGCAUUAUUACACCGAACAUGAAUGUUUUUAAAAUUGAAUCUAAUACUUGCGCUGAACUCACCGAACAUCAAAUCAAUUUUCUUCGUUUCCAACUAUUCAGUACCAUACUUUCACAAUUACCGACACAAUCGACUGCUGCUAGCGAUACUGAAAAUAUCGAUCAGCUACGUUCUCGUUUGAUCGAAGCGAACACGACAAUUAGUAAUCUUUUUAAAAACUUCAAUAAAUCAAUAUUACAGAUAUCGGCAACAAAAUUGCACGAGAUCAAUCAACGUAUUGUGUCUUUGGCGAAAAAUGUCGAUUCGUCUACUGUUACUGUGUAUCGUGCUCAAUUAGUAUCACAGAAAGAUUUAGAAAUGAUCAAAACCAAUCCCAAUGCUCUACUCACCCUACAAACAUUCAUUUUGGCUUCACGCUCGUUUCGUUCUAUAGCUAAUAUGUGCCGUCGAGCAGCUGACAAUCAACUCACUGUAGUUCUCUUCGAACUCAAUUUGUCCGAGAGAGCAUCAGUAGUGGAUCUAAAUUCAGACACAGUUGUUUUCAAUCUUGGUACUCUUUUCCGAUUAGUAUCCACUGACCCGACACCCGACGGUGUUUGGCGUGCUCAACUCGAGUUCGCCAAUAACGCAAUGCAGUAUAUUAAAAAUCAGCUUCAAUCUGAAAUCGGUAGCCGUCUCACAUGGUUGACAUUCGGCAAUUAUCUGACUGCUAUCAAACAGUUCCCCACUGCCGAGGAAUACUACCAAUAUCUACUUGACAUACUUCCAUCCAAUCAUCCCAGUCUCGCAUCGGUCUACAACAACAUAGGUUUGAUGUACGCGGCAAUCGAUAAGAACCAAGAAGCAUUGGAAUCGUUUGAAAAAGCGUUACAGUUGGCUAUUACGCCUUUGCCAAUUGUAAUUGGGCAAGCAAAAACAUCAAAACCAGACCUAUCCUCUUCUCAAGACUCACCCAUAGAGAAAAUCAAUAUAUUAAAUAAAAUCGCUGAAAUUAGUUGUCGUCAAGGAGAUUACACAACAGCACGUGAUUUCUAUCAUCAAGCACUCGAAAUUGCUGAUGAUGUACAAUCGCGCAAGUUAUAUAAAGCUAAAAUUGACGCUCUUGCUCAUUUUGAUGAUACUUGUUAA